GUAGCUUCAUACUUGUAGGUUGUAGCAGAAUGUCUGUGCUAUCGCUGAGCAAGGUGUUAACUGGUGCCUCUCGGCUCGUAAUUACGAAUAGUAAAGCGCCAAUUAUAUCUCGCUUAAUGUCGGCGAAGGUUGGAGAUGUGUUGCCAGCAGUUGACUUGUUUGAGGACACUCCGGCCAAGUCCGUCAACACCGGCACUCUCUGUGCCUCUGGAAAAGUGCUAAUAUUUGCUGUUCCUGGAGCCUUCACUCCAGGAUGUUCCCUUACUCACUUACCCGGCUACAUCAAGGAGAGUGAUGCCAUCAAAGCUAAAGGUGUGAAGGAGAUUGUGUGUGUCGGCGUCAAUGAUCCUUUUGUUAUGGCUGCGUGGGGCAAGGCUCAAGGAGCUGACAACAAGGUUCGUAUGCUCGCUGACCCCAGCGCCGAGUUCACCAAGGCCCUGGGGCUUGACCAGGACCUGGCAGUGCUGGGAGGUGUUCGGUCCAAGCGCUACUCUAUGCUCGUGCAGGACGGCAAAAUUACGCAGCUCAAUGUCGAGCCUGAUGGCAAAGGCCUCUCUUGUUCACUUGCUGAAAAUACUCUCCCUAGCUUGUAAAAACUGUCCUUGGUGUUUUCCUGGCUUGUGAAAACUUGCUUGAACGUUUCUAAUCUACAGAAAUCUAUAUUGCUAUUUCUUUUCAGAGAUCCUUAUGCUAUAAGAGGCUGAUUGGUUUAUUGGUGUUAGUUAUGUCUGUUGUUAUAGAAAAUUUCCGAGGUAGUGCACUUGAGGUCUCCUGGUUGUAAUUUAGGGCUUAACAUUUUCCCCCCAGAGUUUCUAUGUUGCAUUCGUCAAGAACAGUCAAGUAUAGCUCAAGAUACGUGAGGUCAAAAGUUCUCAGUUGUACUUUUCUAGUUUUCAUUAUUAAUAAACUUAUUUAGAUUUUAAUUUGAAAAUCAAUCAAUGCUCUCAUGAUUUGAGAUGAACAUCAAUACAGAAGUAUGUAUAUUUAAAUUUUCUUGCAUUAUACGUUUAGUCGUGAGUGCUUGCCAAUUUUUGAGCCUUUUUCACAUUAUAUUUUUAAUGUUUCGGUUAUUAUGUGUACUUUGAUUUCAAAUAUUUGAAAAUUCAUUAUUUCAGUUUUUCAAUUAACUUGUACAGAUUGAUAUUCAAGUGUGAUGGUUAAGCAUUUUUUUUUCAGCAUAAUCUCAAAGCCUAGUUUGCACUGACUCAAGACAUCGCGUCGAUAAAUGUAGUUAACAGCGACCUUAUGCUGUUCGUGUUAGACUUGCCGCAUUACUCGUAUUGUACAUAGAAUCACAUGUAGUGCAAGAUUCAGAUUAAUAGCGGCUUCUCUUUAUUUUUUGGUGGCAAUUGGAAAAUCUUAUCAACUCUUUGGAAGCUCCUGAUGAAUGCGAUGUGUUGACAAUUCCAGGGCAUUACUCUUAGUAAAAUUUCCAGAGUGGUU